AGUCGUGGUUGGUCUCAGAAGAGAUCCACUGACAGCUAGUUGAUCAUUUACAAACAAGUGAAAAGUGUGUUUCCCCAACCCGGGGCAAAAGUGCAUCAUUUCCCCUUGAUUCUAGGGGAAUUAUUUACUUCCCAGUGGGAAGAAUUUUCCCCCCACCAGUGUAUGACUAGAUAUGUAUGUUUCCUGCAAGUGAUUAUAUAAAACAAGCAUCAAUGAUGUAUCCGGGGCCCUCAAGGCAUCCUGUGGACCCACGAGCGUUUCCGGGCGGGGGUCCACCGGGUGGUUUGGGUGGGCUCGGCGGUAUGCCUGGCGGGUUACCACCCCGGCUUGACAUGCCCCCGGUAUCCAUGGCCAGCUCGAGACAGGAGCACUUGAUGUCACUUGCUGCCAGCAGUGCUGCUGCACAGGCCGCUGCGAUGUCUUCUGCGGCCUCAGCGCUUCAGCCUCAGGGUGACAAAAUGUCCAAUGGCGGCCCUGGUGGUUCCCUUAAGCUAGGCAUCACGGAAACCUGUGAAAGAAUAAAAGAAGAAUUCAAUUUUAUCCAAAAUCAAUAUCAUUCGUAAGUUUUUAAAGAUUAGA